CUUUCAACUUAAGCGUCUGCAACAGAAGAAUUUAUUGUGACCUAACCUAAUGUGGUAUUUCAGUCGGUUUGUUCAAUGAUGCCCUUUUUUGGUUUCAUUCUCGUAGCAUAUGACGCUGGCGUAAGACUUCGCGUGCAGUUUCUAGGCUGAGGUUUCAUUUCUUGGAGAGGUUAAGUCUUUGGAUAUAAAGUUGUAAAGAAUUAUAUCGUAUUAUUAUCCGAAUAUUGAUUUCCUAUAACCAUGGCCAGCCGUAAAACUAAAGGCCGAAGUACAACUAAACGACGUGCUCAGCGAGCUACAUCAAAUGUAUUUGCAAUUUUUGACCAGGCUCAAAUUCAAGAGUUCAAAGAAGCGUUUAACAUGAUUGACCAGAAUAGAGAUGGUUUUAUUGAUAAAAAUGAUCUGCAUGAAACUCUUGCUUCUUUAGGAAAGGACCCUGCUGAUGACUUUUUGGAAGGAAUGAUGAAUGAAGCUCCAGGACCUAUUAAUUUCACUAUGUUUUUGACUCUCUUUGGAGAAAGACUGCAAGGCACAGACCCAGAAGAUGUCAUAAGGAAUGCAUUUGCAUGUUUUGACGAAGAAAACAGUGGUGUAUUACAUGAAGACAAAUUGAGAGAGCUUUUAUCUACUAUGGGCGAAAGAUUUUCAGAAGAUGUUAUUGAUGAAAUGUACAGAGAAGCACCAAUUGACAAAAAUGGAAUGUUUGAUUACAUAGAAUUUACCCGCAUCUUGAAGCAUGGUGCAAAAGAUAAGGAUGAUGAAUAAUUCUCCUUUUCUUCAGUACUGCAUUUUAAAAGCAUUUUAUAUUAUAAUAUUUAUACUCUUUUUUAUACUUUGGAAGCCUUUUGUACUUUUAGAUUAUUUCUUUUCAAUAAAUGCAUAAUGUGGCAGCUGAAUUUUU